AUGGCGGACAAGAAAGCUACCGACGUCAGCCCCGUCCCCACUCACGAUCCUAAACAGUCCACCGACUACAUCCCCUUCCCUUGCUUGCCUCCCGGAGGACCUCUCAACCGCUGGUCUACAAAGGUCACUCGCGAGCAUGACUACCCCGGAGCUCAGGCCAUGCUCUACGGAGCCGGCGUCCCCAACAAGGACAAGAUGAAGAACGCGCCCCAGGUCGGCAUCGCGACCGUCUGGUGGCAGGGCAACCCUUGCAAUACUCAUCUUCUUGACCUCGGUCAGAUCGUCAAGACGGCCGUGGAGAGGGAGGGCAUGCUCGGAUGGCAAUUCAACACCAUCGGCGUGUCAGACGCCAUCACCAUGGGCGGUGAAGGCAUGCGCUUCUCCCUCCAGACGCGUGAGAUCAUCGCCGACUCGAUCGAGUCCGUCACAUGCGCUCAGCAUCACGAUGCCAACAUCUCCAUUCCCGGCUGUGACAAGAACAUGCCCGGAACCGUCAUGGCCGCUGCCCGCCACAACCGACCCUUCAUCAUGAUCUACGGCGGCACCAUCCGCAAGGGUCACUCUAACCUCCUCGAGAAGCCCAUCAACAUCAGUACCUGCUACGAAGCUCAGGGUGCCUUUACCUAUGGCCGUCUUCAUGCAAAGACAGACCCCGGCGCUCCCGGCCGUACCAGCUCUGAUGUUAUGGAUGAUAUUGAGCAGCACUCUUGUCCUGGAGCUGGUGCCUGUGGUGGUAUGUACACGGCAAACACCAUGGCUACCGCUAUAGAGGCCAUGGGUCUUACGCUACCCGGAUCAUCUUCGUAUCCCGCAGAGUCUCCUGAGAAGCGACGUGAAUGUGAGCGUGCUGCUCAGGUUAUUCGAACCACCAUGGAGAAGGAUCUCCGACCCCGCGACAUCAUGACUCGAGCAUCGUUUGAAAACGCCCUCGUGCUGACCAUGAUCCUCGGCGGUUCUACCAACGGUGUGCUUCACUUCCUCGCCAUGGCCAACACUGCCGGUGUGCCCCUGACUCUCGACGAUGUCCAGCGCGCUAGUGACCGCACCCCUUUCCUCGCAGACCUCGCCCCUAGCGGAAAGUACUACAUGGAGGAUCUUUACAACGUGGGUGGUACACCCUCCGUCAUCAAGAUGCUCGUCGCCCGUGGUGUCCUCGAUGGAAGCAUCAUGACCAUCACCGGCAAGACCCUCGCGGAGAACGUCGCCGACUGGCCUAGCCUGGACCCCGGCCAAGACAUCAUCCGUCCUCUCGAGGACCCCAUCAAGGCCACUGGCCACAUCCGUAUCCUCCGUGGUAACUUUGCCCCCGGCGGUGCAGUCGCCAAGAUCACGGGCAAGGAAGGACUCUCCUUCACCGGCAAAGCGCGUGUCUUUGAUAGUGAAAAGGAGCUCUCUGCCGCUCUGGCAAACAGCGAGAUCACACGUGAAGACGGAAACCUGGUAGUCAUUGUGCGGUACGAGGGACCAAAGGGCGGUCCUGGUAUGCCUGAGCAGCUCAAGGCUUCUGCAGCCAUCAUGGGCGCCGGCCUAUCCAACCUUGCUCUCGUGACGGACGGACGAUACAGCGGAGCCUCCCACGGCUUCAUCGUGGGUCACGUUGUACCCGAAGCCAUGGUCGGAGGACCUAUCGCUCUCGUCAAGAACGGCGACGUCAUCACCAUCGACGCUGUGCGAAACCGCAUCGACGUUGACAUUACCGACGCCGAGAUGGAGAAGCGGAGGAGCGAGUGGAAGGCACCCGAGCCGAGAGUCAGAAGAGGUGUCUUGGCCAAGUAUGCCAAGUUGGUUGGAGACGCCAGUCACGGCGCUGUUACUGAUCAGUGGUAA